AUGGCCUCGGAAGUGGUGUGCGGGCUCAUCUUCAGGCUGCUGCUCCCCAUCUGCCUGGCAGUAGCGUGCGCGUUCCGGUACAAUGGGCUCUCCUUUGUCUACCUCAUCUACCUCUUGCUCAUCCCUUUGUUCUCAGAACCAACAAAAGCGACGAUGCAAGGACAUACGGGCCGGCUAUUAAAGUCUCUGUGCUUCACCAGUCUUUCCUUCCUGUUGCUGCAUAUCAUCUUCCACAUCACGUUGGCUAGCCUGGAAGCUCAACACCGUAUUGGACCUGGUUACAACUGCUCCACGUGGGAAAAGACGUUUCGGCAGAUUGGCUUUGAAAGCCUAAAGGGAGCUGAUGCUGGCAAUGGGAUCAGAGUGUUUGUGCCUGAUAUCGGGAUGUUCAUUGCGAGUCUGACCAUCUGGCUCGUCUGCAGAAACAUCGUUCAGAAACCAGUGACGGAAGAAGCAGCACAGUAUAACUCCGAGUUUGAAAAUGAAGAAUUGGCUGGAGGGGAAAAAUUAGAUGCGGAAGAGGCGCUGAUCUACGAAGAGGAUUUGGAUGAAGGGGACGGUGUCGAAGGUGACGUGGAAGAGAGCACAAAGUUAAAAAUGUUCCGCAGACUCGCCUCAGUGGCCUCCAAGCUUAAAGAGUUUAUUGGCAACAUGAUCACCACCGCGGGAAAGGUCGUGGUGACGAUUUUACUCGGUUCGUCAGGUAUGAUGUUGCCAUCUUUGACCUCAUCUGUAUACUUCUUUGUAUUUUUGGGUCUGUGCACCUGGUGGUCCUGGUGCCGAACGUUCGAUCCAUUGCUGUUCAGCUGUCUCUGUGUUCUGCUGGCUAUUUUCACUGCGGGACACUUGAUUGGACUUUAUUUAUACCAGUUCCAGUUCUUUCAAGAAGCGGUUCCACCCAAUGACUACUAUGCAAGGUUGUUUGGUAUCAAAUCAGUCAUUCACACAGACUGUUCCAGCACCUGGAAGAUCAUAGCAAACCCAGACCUGUCAUGGUAUCACCAUGCCAACCCCAUUGUCCUGCUGGUGAUGUACUACACGCUCGCAACGCUCAUCCGCAUCUGGCUACAGGAGCCCCUCGUGCAGGAUGACAGGACCAAGGAAGAGGACAGAGCCCUGGCUUGUAGCCCCAUCCAAAUAACAGCGGAGAGGAGGCGAAGCCUGUGGUAUGCCACCCAUUACCCAACUGACGAAAGAAAACUUUUAUCCAUGACCCAAGAUGACUACAAACCAUCUGAUGGCCUGCUGGUGACUGUGAACGGCAAUCCUGUAGACUACCACACCAUCCACCCAAGUCUGCCCAUAGAGAACGGCCCUGCCAAAGCCGAGCUGUACUCCACCCCCCAGUACCGGUGGCAGCCCUCCGAAGACUCCUCAGAAAAGAAAGAGGAAGAAGAGGAUGAGAAGGAAGAAUUUGAGGAGGAAAGGAGCCAUGAGGAGAAACGAAGCGUUAAAGUUCACGCCAUGGUCUCUGUGUUCCAGUUUAUUAUGAAACAAAGUUACAUCUGUGCCCUCAUUGCCAUGAUGGCUUGGAGCAUCACCUAUCACAGCUGGUUGACCUUUGUGUUGUUGAUUUGGUCAUGCACCCUUUGGAUGAUUCGCAACAGAAGAAAAUAUGCCAUGAUCAGCUCUCCUUUCAUGGUUGUCUACGGAAAUCUGUUGCUGAUAUUACAGUAUAUAUGGAGUUUUGAACUUCCCGAAAUUAAGAAGGUCCCAGGAUUUUUAGAAAAGAAAGAGCCAGGAGAACUUGCCUCCAAGAUACUUUUCACCAUUACUUUUUGGCUCCUGCUGAGGCAACACCUCACUGAGCAAAAAGCUCUUCAAGAGAAGGAAGCUCUUCUAUCUGAGAUCAAAAUCGGAAGUCAGGAAAAUGAAGAAAAAGAUGACGAGCAAGAUAUACAAAUGGAAGGAGAGCCUGAAGAGAAGGAGGAAGAGGAAGCCAAGGAAGAGAAGCAAGAGAGAAGGAAGGAAGAAGAAGAGGAAGUGGAAGAAGAUGAUGACCAGGACAUCAUGAAGGUCCUGGGCAAUCUGGUGGUGGCCAUGUUCAUCAAGUACUGGAUCUACGUCUGCGGAGGAAUGUUCUUCUUCGUCAGCUUCGAGGGUAAAAUUGUGAUGUACAAAAUCAUCUACAUGGUGCUGUUUCUGUUCUGUGUGGCCUUGUAUCAGGUGCACUACGAAUGGUGGAGGCGAAUCCUAAAGUAUUUUUGGAUGUCUGUGGUGAUUUACACAAUGCUGGUGCUUAUCUUUAUAUACACAUAUCAGUUUGAGAACUUCCCAGGCCUGUGGCAAAAUAUGACUGGAUUGAAAAAAGAAAAGCUGGAGGAUCUUGGCUUAAAACAGUUUACCGUGGCAGAGCUGUUCACUCGUAUCUUCAUCCCCACCUCCUUUCUUUUGGUGUGCAUUUUACACCUUCACUACUUCCACGAUCGGUUCCUGGAGCUCACAGACCUGAAGUCCAUUCCCAGCAAAGAAGACAGCGCCAUCUACAGACUGGCCCACCCCGAAGGAAGCCUUCCGGACCUCGCCAUGAUGAAUCUGACCGCCAGCCUGGAGAAGCCGGACAUCAGGAAGCUGGCCGAGCCUGGGGACGACAAACCAGAAGGAUGCCCUUAUAAGGCUAAGAAGGCUGAGCUUGGGAAAGACAGUGAGGAGGAGGAGGAAGAAGAGGAGGAAGAGGAAGAGGAGGACGAGGAGGAAGCGGAGGAGGAAGAGACUUCAGAUUUAAGGAACAAAUGGCAUCUGGUGAUUGACCGUCUCACUGUGCUCUUCUUAAAAUUCCUGGAAUAUUUCCACAAGCUGCAGGUGUUCGUGUGGUGGAUUUUGGAGUUGCAUAUCAUCAAAAUCGUUUCAUCAUACAUUAUCUGGGUUUCUGUGAAAGAGGUGUCUCUGUUCAACUAUGUAUUCUUGAUUUCUUGGGCUUUUGCUCUGCCAUACGCCAAGCUGCGCCGUAUCGCUUCGAGUGUCUGCACUGUCUGGACGUGUGUGAUCAUCGUUUGCAAAAUGUUGUACCAGCUGCAAACCAUUAAGCCCGAGAACUUUUCUGUCAACUGUUCCUUGCCAAAUGAAAACCAGACAAAUAUACCCAUCCACCAGCUGAACAAGUCUCAGCUCUACAGCGCUCCUAUUGACCCAACAGAAUGGGUGGGCCUGAGGAAGUCUUCCCCUCUGCUUGUCUACCUGAGGAAUCAUCUCCUGAUGCUGGCCAUUCUGGCCUUUGAGGUUACAAUUUACCGCCAUCAGGAAUACUAUCGAGGUCGAAACAACCUCACAGCCCCUGUGUCUAAAACCAUCUUUCACGACAUUACAAGACUCCAUCUAGAUGAUGGACUUAUUAAUUGUGCCAAAUAUUUCAUAAAUUACUUUUUCUACAAGUUUGGUUUGGAGACCUGUUUCCUAAUGUCAGUUAAUGUAAUCGGCCAGCGAAUGGAUUUCUAUGCCAUGAUUCACGCCUGCUGGCUGAUCGCUGUCUUGUACCGGCGCAGAAGAAAGGCCAUUGCGGAGAUCUGGCCCAAGUACUGUUGCUUCCUGGCCUGCAUCAUCACCUUCCAGUACUUCAUCUGCAUUGGCAUCCCUGCGGCCCCUUGCAGAGAUUACCCGUGGAGGUUCAAGGGGGCUAGCUUCAACGACAACAUCAUAAAGUGGCUGUACUUCCCAGACUUCAUCGUGCGGCCCAACCCCGUGUUUCUUGUCUAUGACUUCAUGCUGCUCCUGUGCGCCUCCUUGCAAAGGCAGAUUUUCGAGGAUGAGAACAAGGCUGCAGUGCGCAUCAUGGCAGGGGACAACGUGGAGAUCUGCAUGAACCUGGACGCGGCCUCCUUCAGCCAGCAUAACCCGGUGCCGGAUUUCAUCCACUGCAGAUCGUACUUAGACAUGUCCAAGGUGAUCAUCUUCAGCUACCUCUUCUGGUUUGUCCUCACCAUCAUCUUCAUCACGGGGACAACCAGGAUCAGCAUCUUCUGCAUGGGUUACUUGGUGGCCUGUUUCUAUUUCCUGCUCUUUGGGGGCGAUCUGCUGCUGAAACCCAUCAAGAGUAUCCUGCGCUAUUGGGACUGGCUGAUUGCCUACAACGUGUUCGUGAUUACGAUGAAAAACAUACUGUCAAUAGGAGCAUGUGGAUACAUUGAACAAUUGGUUCAAAAUAGUUGCUGGUUGAUCCAAGCUUUCAGCCUGGCCUGUACCGUCAAAGGCUAUAAAAUGCCUGAUGAUGAUUCCUCAUGCAAACUACCCAGUGGUGAAGCAGGAAUUAUUUGGGACAGCAUAUGUUUUGCCUUCCUUCUGCUGCAGAGAAGAGUUUUCAUGAGUUACUAUUUCCUACAUGUUGUAGCUGAUAUAAAAGCUUCCCAGAUCCUGGCCUCAAGAGGGGCUGAACUUUUCCAGGCCACAAUUGUCAAGGCUGUAAAGGCAAGAAUUGAGGAAGAGAAAAAGUCAAUGGAUCAGCUGAAGAGGCAGAUGGAUCGCAUCAAAGCCAGGCAACAGAAAUACAAAAAGGGUAAGGAGAGGAUGCUGAGCUUGACCCAGGAAUCGGGGGAAGGCCAAGACAUCCAAAAACUCUCUGAAGAGGAUGACGAAAGAGAAGCAGACAAACAGAAAGCCAAGGGCAAAAAAAAGCAGUGGUGGCGGCCUUGGGUUGAUCAUGCUUCCAUGGUCAGGAGUGGAGAUUAUUACUUAUUUGAAACGGAUAGUGAAGAGGAGGAAGAGGAAGAAUUAAAAAAGGAAGAUGAAGAACCUCCGAGGAGGUCAGCUUUCCAGUUUGUUUAUCAAGCCUGGAUCACUGACCCUAAAACCGCACUCCGACAGAGACUCAAAGAGAAAAAAAGGUCUGCAAGAGAAGAACAGAAAAGAAGGAGAAAAGGAUCUGGGGAGGGUCCUGUGGAGUGGGAAGACCGAGAGCAAGAACCAGUCAAAAAGAAAUCUGAUGGACCAGAUAAUAUCAUCAAGAGGAUAUUUAACAUUUUGAAAUUCACCUGGGUUCUGUUUCUGGCAACAGUGGAUAGUUUCACAACUUGGCUUAACUCCAUUUCAAGGGAACAUAUUGAUAUAUCUACAGUUCUGAGAAUUGAAAGAUGUAUGCUGACCAGAGAAAUUAAAAAGGGCAACGUCCCCACGCGGGAGAGCAUCCACAUGUACUACCAGAACCACAUCAUGAACCUUUCCAGAGAGUCUGGACUGGACACCAUAGACGACCGUGCUGGCGCCGCUUCUGCUGCACAGACAGCCCACAGGAUGGAUAGCUUAGAUUCCCACGACAGCAUCUCCAGCGAGCCCACGCAGUGCACCAUGUUGUACUCGCGCCAGGGGACCACGGAGACCAUCGCAGAGGUGGAGGCCGAGCAGGACGACGAGGCGGCGGCCGGAGACGCCAACCAGGCCGGGGAGGCCGCAGCGGACAUGGGGCCGGAGGAGGCCUCUGAGGUGUCGGAGACCUCAGAAGUCGGCCUCACCCCAGACGCCGAGCUGCCGCAGUACUCCACCGAAGACGGGGACGUGGAGGCCCCGCCGUCCUACAGCAAGGCAGUCAGCUUCGAGCGCCUGUCCUUCGGCUCGCGGGAUGACUCUGCAGGCCAGAGCCACAUGGCCGUGAGCCCCGACGACAGCCGCUCGGACAGGCUGGAGUCCAGCAUCUUACCGCCCCUGACUCAUGAGCUGACAGCCAGCGAGCUGCUGCUGAACAAGAUGUUCCAUGAUGACGAGCUUGAAGAGUCCGAGAAGUUCUAUGUUGGCCAGCCCCGGUUCUUGCUGUUGUUCUACGCCAUGUACAACACUCUCGUGGCGCGCUCAGAAAUGGUGUGCUAUUUUGUGAUCAUACUCAACCACAUGGUCUCUGCCUCCAUGAUCACCCUUGUGCUCCCCAUUCUGAUCUUCCUCUGGGCCAUGCUGUCUGUCCCCAGACCCAGUAGACGAUUCUGGAUGAUGGCCAUUGUCUACACAGAGGUGGCAAUUGUGGUCAAGUAUUUUUUCCAAUUUGGGUUCUUUCCCUGGAACAAGAAUGUGGAAUUGAACAAAGAUAAGCCUUACCACCCACCUAAUAUCAUAGGAGUGGAAAAGAAAGAAGGUUAUGUCCUUUAUGAUCUCAUCCAGCUCCUGGCUCUUUUCUUCCAUCGGUCAAUUUUGAAGUGCCAUGGCUUGUGGGAUGAAGACGACAUCACCGACAGUGGCACAGACAAGGAAGAGUCAGAUGAUGAGCUCUCCCUCAGUCGUGGCAGGAGAGCCUCCUCCGAUUCUCUGAAAUCCAUCAACCUGGCUGCAUCGGCAGAGUCGGUACACGUGUCCUUCCCAGAGCAGCCUUCUGCCAUCCGGAGGAAGCGAUCAGGAAGCAGCUCCCAGAUAUCCCCCAGAUCCAGCUUUUCUUCCAAUAGGUCCCAAAGAGGCAGCACAAGCACAAGGAACAGCAGUCAAAAAGGAAGCAGUGUUUUAAGCAUCAAGCAGAAAAGCAAAAGGGAACUUUAUAUGGAAAAGCUUCAAGAACAUUUAAUCAAAGCAAAAGCAUUUACCAUAAAGAAGACUCUGCAAAUAUAUGUGCCCAUCAGACAGUUCUUCUAUGACCUCAUCCACCCAGACUACAGUGCUGUGACCGACGUGUAUGUGCUCAUGUUCCUGGCUGACACUGUUGACUUUGUCAUCAUCGUCUUUGGCUUUUGGGCCUUCGGGAAACACUCAGCAGCAGCAGACAUCACCUCUUCACUGUCGGAGGACCAGGUUCCUGGGCCGUUUUUGGUGAUGGUCCUCAUUCAGUUUGGAACCAUGGUGGUGGACCGAGCCCUAUACCUGAGGAAGACUGUACUGGGAAAGGUCAUUUUUCAGGUCAUUCUCGUGUUUGGAAUUCAUUUCUGGAUGUUCUUCAUCCUGCCUGGUGUGACUGAGAGAAAGUUCAGCCAGAACCUGGUUGCUCAGCUUUGGUACUUUGUGAAAUGUGUUUACUUCGGGUUGUCUGCCUACCAAAUCCGUUGUGGCUACCCAACACGAGUCCUUGGAAACUUCCUCACCAAGAGCUACAAUUAUGUCAACCUCUUCUUGUUUCAAGGGUUCCGCCUCGUUCCAUUUCUGACGGAGCUGAGGGCUGUGAUGGACUGGGUGUGGACAGACACGACCUUGAGCCUUUCCAGCUGGAUCUGUGUGGAGGAUAUCUAUGCUCACAUAUUCAUCCUGAAAUGUUGGCGAGAGUCCGAAAAAAGAUACCCGCAGCCCCGGGGGCAGAAGAAGAAGAAAGUGGUGAAGUAUGGCAUGGGAGGCAUGAUCAUCGUUCUGCUCAUCUGCAUCGUCUGGUUUCCCCUUCUCUUCAUGUCCUUGAUCAAAUCUGUGGCGGGGGUCAUCAACCAGCCCCUGGACGUCUCGGUCACGAUUACCCUGGGAGGGUACCAGCCUAUUUUCACAAUGAGUGCCCAGCAAAGCCAGUUGAAAGUUAUGGAUCAGCCAAAGUUUAAUAAGUUUAUGAAAGCUUUCUCUAGGGACACUGGUGCUAUGCAAUUUCUGGAAAAUUAUGAAAAAGAAGACAUAACAGUAGCAGAACUGGAAGGAAACUCAAAUUCUUUGUGGACCAUCAGCCCUCCCAGUAAGCAGAAAAUGAUAGAGGAACUCAUGGACCCCAAUAGUAGCUUCUCUGUUGUUUUUUCAUGGAGUAUUCAGAGAAACAUGAGUCUGGGUGCAAAAGCAGAAAUAGCAACCGAUAAGCUAUCUUUUCCUCUUAAAAAUACUACACGUAAGAAUAUAGCUAAAAUGAUCGCUGGCAACAACACAGAAAGUUCAAGAACACCCGUGACUAUAGAAAGGAUCUAUCCAUAUUACGUGAAAGCACCUAGUGACUCGAACUCAAAACCUAUAAAGCAACUUUUGUCUGAAAAUAAUUUCAUGAAUAUCACCAUCAUUUUGUCCAGAGACAAUACAACUAAAUCUAACAGUGAGUGGUGGGUUCUCAACCUGACUGGAAAUAGAAUAUACAAUCAGCAUGCCCAGGCCUUGGAACUGGUGGUCUUCAAUGACAAAGUCAGCCCCCCAAGUCUGGGGUUCCUGGCUGGCUACGGUAUCAUGGGAUUAUAUGCUUCAGUUGUCCUUGUGAUUGGGAAGUUUGUCCGUGAGUUCUUCAGUGGCAUUUCUCACUCGAUCAUGUUUGAAGAGCUUCCAAAUGUGGAUCGAAUCCUGAAGUUGUGCACAGAUAUUUUUUUAGUUCGAGAGACAGGGGAACUGGAACUAGAGGAAGAUCUCUAUGCCAAAUUAAUAUUCCUGUACCGUUCACCAGAAACCAUGAUCAAAUGGACUAGAGAAAAAACAAAUUGAUCAUUUAAGACACAGACUGCAAGUCAAGUUAACAUUUGAAUUUUUUUAAAAAAGCACAAUAUUCUCAUAAGAGCUAAGCAUUUCUAGUUGGAUGGAAAUGGUUUCUCUUCUGACAGGUGGUCAGAAGGAGCUGACUUCCUUUUGCAAUCUAAGCUCUACCUUGCAAAUGAAGGCGCUGUUGAAAAAGUUAUUUGUAAUUCCAUUUCUCCAAAAUCAGGGCUACUUGUUUUAUGUUUUAGUCAACAGUGUCUUGUGUUCUGAUUGACUAUGCAAAGGAGUCAUUUAUGGAUCUCCUCUCUCAGAGAAACAGGAGAGAAGAUGAAGGGAGAAGGAAAGACACCCGUGUUUUUCUGCACAGGGACAGCACCCUUCCUGAAGAGAUGCUAUAACGGCGGACACUGCGCUCUGUCACCAGUGGGGAAGCUGUGGUGAGGAGAACAGAUGGGACUCAGCACACCCCAAAAAUAUGCAACAGCAAUAGAGGCUGAAACUCCUGAAUGGAUUUCUAGGGGAAAAUGAGAAAGGGAGCUAGAGACCCAUGAAGAUACCAGAGGAAGGAUAAGCCUCAUUCUAAGCAAAAAGUUAACAUUAGUGAC